AACUAGUUCAGAGGAGAUCAUGUCAAGGAUGGCGACCACCACCGUACUGCUGCUGCUCAUCGUGCUGCCUUUGCUGGGUGCAGCGUCGGCGUCGGCUCAGCGCAUGGCGCUGCCGGAGUGCCGGGACAGGUGCGGCAACAUCACCGUCCCCUACCCCUUCGGCAUCGGCGCCGGCUGCUACCGCGACGACGGCCUCCGGGGCUUCCAGCUCGAGUGCGACGACUCCGGCCCCGCCCCUCCGCGCCUCACCGUCUUCGGCCGCUACAACCGCGUCGCGGCCCUCUCCCUCGCGUCCGGCGAGGCCCGCGCAUACCUCAACGCGACGCGCGAGUGCUACAACUCCACGGGGGGGUUCGUCGACCGGAACAACAACACGUCCUACAUGUCCCUCCUCGGCAGCGCCUACCUCUUCUCGCCCACCGAGAACCGGCUGGUGGCGCUCGGCUGUCCCAACCUCGGCUACUUCGUCGACAGUGCCGGAUACUACGUCAGCGGCUGCAUGUCCGUGUGCCGGCCGUCGCGGUACGCCAUGCCGGGCCCGUGCACCGGCGUCGGGUGCUGCCAGAGCGCGAUACCGCCCGGGGUCGGCUUCUUCGAGCCGCACCAGCGCAACUUCCCGCCGCAGCAGGACGACAAUUCCGCCUUCAUCAGCAACGUCACGUCGUGCCACUACGUGUUCCUCGUCGAGCUCGACUGGUUCAGCUACAGCGACCGUGUCUUCCUCAACCGCACCGACGACUUCGACGUGCCCGUCGUGCUGGACUGGGCCGUCCGGAACGUCGGGAACUGCAGCGCCGCCAGGCGCAACGCCACCGACUUGGCCUGCAGGGGCGAGCUCAGCGAGUGCUUCGACGUCGCCAACGGCCCCGGGUACCGGUGCAACUGCUCCAGGGGCUACGACGGCAACCCCUACCUCGACGGUGGAUGCACAGACAUCGAUGAGUGCCAGCUGAAAGAAGAAUACCCAUGCUACGGGAUCUGUAGAAACACGCAGGGAGGCCACACUUGCCAAUGCCCUCCAGGGACAACUGGAGAUGCCACCAGGAAGGAUGGCUGCCGCCAAAAGGACAAGUUCACCUUAGCUCUGAAGCUCGUUACAGGAGUCAGCGUGGGGGUGUUCUUGUUGGUGUUCAUGUGCUUUUGGCUCUACUUGGGGCUGCAGAAGCGAAAGCUCAUCAAGGCAAAGCAGAGUUUCUUCGAGCACAACGGAGGCGUGAUCCUGCAGCAGCAGAUGCGUUCCUACAGUGGCGCUGCCGGGGGAGGCGGUGGAGGGUUCAAGAUAUUCUCGGAAGAGGAGCUCAAGAAGGCCACCGACAACUUCGCCGCCGACCAGAUCCUUGGCCGUGGCGGCCACGGCAUUGUCUACAGAGGUGUUCUGGAGGACAAAACCAUAGUAGCCAUCAAGAAGUCCAAGGUGAUGGAGGCGACCGAGACCAAGGAGUUCGCGAGAGAGAUGCUCAUCCUCUCCCAGAUCAACCACCGGAACGUCGUCAAGCUGCACGGCUGCUGCCUCGAGGUGGAGGUGCCGAUGCUAGUCUACGAGUACGUCUCCAACGGGACUCUCUACCACUACAUCCAUGGCGGCGAGGGCCUCGACACCAACAACAACAAGGCACUCGACGCCCGCCUUCGGAUAGCGGCGGAGUCUGCCGAGGCGCUGUCAUAUAUGCACUCGUCGGCCUCGCCCCCGAUCCUCCACGGCGAUGUCAAGACGGCCAAUAUCCUGCUCGACGGCAGCCUCACCGCCAAAGUCUCUGACUUCGGAGCAUCGAAGCUGGCACCGAGUGAUGAGGCUGAGAUUGCCACACUGGUGCAAGGCACCUGCGGCUACCUGGACCCAGAGUACCUCAUGACAUGCCAGCUGACGGAUAAAAGUGACGUCUACAGCUUUGGUGUCGUUCUGCUCGAGCUCUUGACAGGGAAGAAGGUGCUCUGCUUUGACGGGCCAGAGGAGGACAGGAGCCUCGUGUCCCGAUUCACGACGGCCAUGAAAGCCGGCCAGCACAGCGAGCUCCUUGACGAUCAGGUGAGAAUGGAGAUGGGUCCCGAGGCAUUGGAAGAAGCAACGCAUCUUGUGAUGCGGUGUGUGAGCAUGAUCAGGGAGGAGCGUCCGUCGAUGAAGGAAGUUGCAGAGAAGCUCGAGGCUUUGAGGAGGUACCAACGGAACCCAUGGGGUCAGGCUGGUGCUGAUCCGGAGGAGGGGCAAAGCUUGCUUCACAGAGAGCAACAACGUGAUGUGAAUUAUAACUUCAGACCGCAAGACGUGCUUGAUCUUGAAGAGGGGAGUACAUACACUUUUAGCUUGUAGAAUUACUUAUUAUUUUGCGAGGGCUUGUAGUUUGUAGAUUGUUCAAAUUAUUGUUGUGACUCCGUUUUAAAGUCCAACACAAAUGAGUAAA